CCUGCGCAUGAAUUUCCGCUCACUAUCCCCACGCUGCAGCGUUAAUCAAGCUACAUUCAGUGGGCACAAUAUUGUAAGGAAAUUAGCGAAUUAUUUACCAAGAUGAGGCCUUUAACAGACGACGAGACAAAAACGAUGUUUGAGAAACUCUCCAAAUACAUUGGUGAGAACAUCAAACUCCUGGUGGAUCGACCAGAUGGGACUUAUUGCUUCAGACUUCACAAUGACCGGGUAUAUUACAUCAGUGAGAAAAUUCUGAAGUUGGCUACCAACAUCUCCCGUGAUAAGUUGGUGUCGGUGGGUACCUGCUUUGGAAAGUUCACCAAGACCAUUAAGUUCCGCCUGCACAUCACAGCACUGGACUUCCUGGCACCAUAUGCCAAGUUCAAGGUGUGGGUGAAGCCUGGGCAGGAGCAGUCCUUCCUCUAUGGGAACCAUGUGUUGAAGUCUGGUCUGGGGAGGAUCACAGAGAACACUAACCAAUACCAGGGCGUGGUGGUGUAUUCCAUGGCAGACGUACCGCUGGGUUUUGGCGUGGCCGCUAAGUCGACCCAGGAGUGCAGAAGAGUGGACCCCAUGUCCAUCGUUGUGUUCCACCAGGCAGACAUUGGAGAGUUUAUCAGGUGUGAGGACACGCUCACAUAACGAGUCUUCACAAACUGGACUAUCAAUUAUACACCGUCGUACUUCCCUCUCCUCAGAGACCACCAGAGGGCUGGGAGGUACAGCUAUGUGAAACGUAUGGUGGUCCCUGAGGAGAGGGUUGGGAAACCCUGGUCUUCAGGAUAUGAUUGUGUAUUUCCCUCUUAACUACCAAGGGGCCAGGGACUGUCUGGAUAGUUUCAUCAAGCUGUCAGCUAACAAGUCUGAAAGAUGACAGCUCCCUUUUCACUAUGGCUGAGUGAUUUACAUUCAGCUACCAACAUCCCUGUCACUAUGGCUGAGUGAUUUACAUUCAGAUUAACAUCCCUGUCACUAUGGCUGAGUGAUUAACAUUCAGAUCAAUAUCCCUGUCACUAUGGCUGAGUGAUUUACAUUCAGAUUAACAUCCCUGUCACUAUGGCUGAGUGAUUUACAUUCAGAUUAACAUCCCUGUCACUAUGGCUGAGUGAUUUACAUUCAGAUUAACAUCCCUGUCACUAUGGCUGAGUGAUUUACAUUCAGAUUAACAUCCCUGUCACUAUGGCUGAGUGAUUUACAUUCAGAUUAACAUCCCUGUCACUAUGGCUGAGUGAUUUACAUUCAGAUUAACAUCCCUGUCACUAUGGCUGAGUGAUUUACAUUCAGAUUAACAUCCCUGUCACUAUGGCUGAGUGAUUUACAUUCAGAUUAACAUCCCUGUCACUAUGGCUGAGUGAUUUACAUUCAGAUUAACAUCCCUGUCACUAUGGCUGAGUGAUUUACAUUCAGAUUAACAUCCCUGUCACUAUGGCUGAGUGAUUUACAUUCAGAUUAACAUCCCUGUCACUGUGGCUGAGUGAUUUACAUCCCUGUCACUAUGGCUGGGUGAUUUACAUUCAGAUUAACAUCCCUGUCACUGUGGCUGAGUGAUUUACAUUCAGAUUAACAUCCCUGUCACUGGUAGCUGAAUGUAAAUCACUCAGCCAUAAUCUAAAUAAAUGUGUUUUAUGUAUUCAUAAUCUGUAUGGAUCUCUGGUUUGAGAAAUUUGCAUAAAUAUUAUGCAGUUAAUUUCAUCAGCAUAACAUUAAAACUGUUUUGAUAUA